AUGCAAGAACAGCAGAAAGCCAAGCUAGAACCCCAAACGGUUGAACCCAUUGUGCAGAGGGCGCUUGAAACGUUGCCAGACAUCGUUUCAACGCUUCCUACGGUGCUCGAGAGCACAACGAUUUCGGCACCUACAAUGUUCUUGAACGAAAAGGGAGCAACACCCAUUCAAGACGAUAAAUCUAGGACAUACCGUAUGCGUGAUCGUGAUGGUUGUUGA